GCAUUAUCAAAUUAAAAUAAAAUGGCGGCCACAACAACAAUCAUUCCUUGUCGUUUUUUAGCUUUAAUGGCUCAUCUAGUUAUCACUGUUAUGCUUUAUUGGUCGAGGGAGCCUAACGUGUUAGCCUGUACAAAUCAAGGUGUAGUGCCUGGCUCUGAUCAAUAUAGCACCAAGGACACACAGUUAUUGGUUGCUGUCAGUCUUUCACUUGCUUGUCUCAUAGUUGAAGUGGUUGGGCUGGUGACUGGACUAUCAAUGUUCUCAAAUACGACCAACAUUCUAUCCAUUGCGCUACAUGUGACUGGCAGUAUCCUUAUCUCUCUUUACGUCGUUGAUGUUUGGUCAUGCGAUAUCUAUUGGACUAUUUUUGCAUUUUUCUGUUUUCUGCCAUUUGUUGUUGAAGUCUUUGUGAUAGCUUACACUCUGAAAUUUAAAGUGUUCAAUUAAGAGAGAGGAGAGAGAAGGAGAGAGAACUGUAUUGCACUCUUAUGGCAACUUUAAUCACUCGAUAAAAUACAAUUACUUAAUUUUUCCACAUUUUUCUUUAUUUAUAUUUUUAAGAAUGAAUAUGCACAUUUUAUGUUUAUAUCGAUGACUUGAUUGCAUGUGAAUCUAUAGGCCAUAAACUAUUGUUUAGUCCAUCCUUCCCUCAAUUGUCAUUGUCAGAUAUAUUUCAUGAACAAUGAAGACAUUGUCACUAUUGUUGUUAUGACCUCAGAGCUCAGCAUCACUGCAUGCUGCAGUAGUACUAGUGAUCAAUAGUUGCUUGAGGAAGCCACUGUGCAGGUCAGGUCUGUGUGUGGUGUAGUGAUCAAAUAUGAGAGAAGUACCAUCAUCAUCAUCAUCAUCAUUAUUAUUAGUAUUAUUAUUGUUCCUGCUCUCCUUAAUCCCGGUCUAUUCUAUUCCCAAUCAAGUAUGUGUUAAUCAGGAUCCUGGCAGUGACUCAGGUCGCAUUGCUGGUAGACAGUCACCACAAGGAGAAAGACAGUGGGUCGUCUUGCUUUGGAUCAACUGUAACCUACGUCUAACCACGUGUGAGGGGUCUCUGGUUUCCGAGGACUGGGUACUCACCUCUGCUUCGUGUCUGCCGUGUGGCUCUGAUGCUUCAGUAGUCAUUGACAUAGGACUGUAUCACAAUGACUUAAGACAUGAUAUGAUCCACAAUAAUCCAAUAGCACGUAUUGGAGCUGAUAAAGUUAUCAUUCAUCCUAAGUAUAAAGCAGAGGGAGUAAGAAUGAGAGAGAAUGACCUGGCACUAUUGCAUCUGAGUGCUCCGGUGAAUUCAUCAUUCAUCAUCAAACUGAUAGACUGCAAUAAAAUGAAACACGAUAAAGGAAAGUUCCACUCAUUCCUCAGCUCAGGUUGGGGUGGAUCGUGGCUCUACUCUUCAGUAGAAGUUAAACCUCUUCAUGAUGUAUAUCUGUACAUGUGGACUCAUGAGCAAUGCAAUGGGGCUCUAGGUGACAGUGCUCCUGCUAAUAACAGCAUAUUCUGUGCUGGAGUCAAGGAUCCACAAAAUACUAUUGCAUCUUUUAGCGGUCACCAAGGACCGUGUUUCGUGAACCAUGGUAGUCCACUGGUCACACAGUCGGCACGAAUACUAACAGAGGACGAUGGAUUACUCAAUAUAAUAUGUGAGUGGAGACUCUGUGGUGUAUUAACUUAUGGACUGUCCUGCGAUGUAAAUGGAUUACCAGGAUACUUUAUGGAUCUGUGUCAUUAUGAAUCAUGGCUGAGCGAAACCAUGAAGCAAGAGAAAGAUCGUUUGAUGAGCCUGAGGGCGUGUCCUGCCCCUCCCCCUCCUCCCCUCAAUGGGUACAUAUGUGGACUGGAUAAUCGCGAGGGCAUUUCAUCUAAUGGGCGUGUCCAAUUUUGCUGUGAGCGAGGGUAUCGUCCAAGAGGGUCUCACGUACUGACGUGUGAUAGAACCAAGAGACAAUGGGUACCAUCAGUGGGGACUUGUGAACCUGUUAGAUGUCCCACUCUCCCAGUUCCCCUCUAUGGCUUCUCGCACCCAUUCUCCUGCCAUAACAGCUCCUAUACCAUGACGUGUUGGUUUUCGUGUAUAAGAGGUUACCAGUUGUUGGGCCAUGGUCUACUCACCUGCCAGGAAGAUGGCACAUGGUCCAAUAUACCUCCGAACUGCCAGCCUAUUGACUGUGGCCCCCCACCUGCUGGCGGUAAUCUCCUAGUAGAGUACUCACUCACCACGUACAACUCAAUAGCAGUCUACACCUGCAAGGACUGUCACAGGUUGAACAGCAUCAAUGCAUCGAUAACAAGACAGUGUCGUGAUAAUGGACACUGGUCUGGACCUUUACCAUCUUGUCAGAUGAUUCACUGUCCAGUCCUUGCUCCUCCUAAACAUGGUCGCAUUGUACAAUCAUCGCUAGCUUGUGGAUCACAAGCUAUGUUCUAUUGUAUGGACGGGUACGUAUUGUUAGGAGCAAGCAUCUCGAUAUGUUUGACUAGUGGAGAAUGGAGUCAGUCCACUCCCUAUUGUGUCUCUGCUACUUGUCCCAUGCCUGUGGUAGAGGACAGUGUUAAUUUCCUUCCGCCAACUCCUGACAAUCCCCCGAGGCAGAACUACACGAUCGGCGACAUCAUAAAUAUAAAGUGUCAGAACUGCAGGACACCAACUGGAGGGAGCACUCAACUCACUUGCACUGAGCAGGGACGAUGGGAUGGGGUACCGGCCCAAUGCGAAUGGGUUACGUGUGUUCUUCCUAAAUUGCUUUUAAACGGUCAGAUUUUUCCGCUUGGCAACGUCUACUUUUGUGGCACUUACGUCCGGUUUCGUUGUUACCGUGGCUACCGUUUGGUGGGCAAGGCCAACACUUAUUGCAGCGAAAACGGGACUUGGACCCAACCCUUCCCAUCCUGCAAAUCCCUACACCCAAAUAAAGAAUGCCCACUAAUUCAUGUUGAUAACGGUGCUGCUACCAUUACCCGUACUAAUGUAGGAGGUGUGGCCAAUGUGUCAUGUGACAGUUGCUAUGAGAUAAGAGGGUCCAGUGUCCUCAGGUGUAUGGAGGGAGGAUACUGGGACCAACCAACUCCAACCUGUGAAAAAAAGCUGUGUCCAUCUUUAUUGCCUCCAUCAAACAGUAAAACUUACCAAGACAUCAAUCACGGGAGAAAAUGUGGAGAUGUCAUUUUCUUUGAUUGUAACCAUGGCUACACGAGAGAAGGACCACGAGCCAUUUCGUGUUUACCAAGUGGACACUGGAGCCAUCAACCACCGUCCUGCCGAGCUGUUAUGUGUCCUUCUCCUCCUCAACCUAAACCUAAUUCUAGAGUAUGUUCAGUGUCGUAUGAUUCUGACUCAGAAAGGAAGAUUAUUGAUGAUAUUCCAUCCUCCGGCUAUGGGCCAUUACUCACUCCAGACUACCUACCACCAUUUGAUCAAGAUUCAUUUCCAGCUGGGUCAAGUGUAGAGUAUUGCUGUAGACCUGGUUUAAUGAUACUGGGAGAGAGACCAGGAGAGGCCGAGUCAAGAACCAUCUCUUGUUUAUCAACUGGUGAAUGGAGCGGCCAGCCACCUAAAUGCUCGGUGUUUUGCGAAUUGGCUCCAUCUCUUCCUAUUGGUCUAAUGGCUGAUGGAAACAGGACACAAUACACUACAGGGUCUGCUGCCCACUUCUCUUGUUCUAACUCCCACGUGUUGAUAGGCAACAGUACUUUAUUAUGCUCGAGCAAUGGACAGUGGAACUCACCUUUGCCGUAUUGUAUAAGUUCCUCCUGCUACAGGUUUUGUCCUUCUCCACCGAUACCUCAAAAUGGCCGACUCGUAUCAGUUAAUAAUAACUCUUACUCAGACGUUGGUGGCAUCAGUGAAGGCUCAAUUGCUAUAUACAUAUGCAACAGAGGCUACUACAUACAUGGGAGUAUUGCUAGGAGAUGUACUGCUACUGGGCAGUGGAGUGGAGAAACAACCAUUUGCUUAAGAAGUAUAUUCCCAAGGUCCAAGUUUAUUUUGCGUCAUCCAGUCACAAAGGAGUGGAUGACAACAGACAAUUGGCACUUCACAGUAUCCCAGCCAGUGUAUCUUGCUUGUCAGAGCUCCACUGGGAAUGCACACCAGAUUAAGAAGCUCUCAGGACCUGAAAUAGAUGAAAUAAAUGUCAGAGUGAGUCAUUUCUCAGUUGCUAAUAGAAGUCACGAGCUAUUGUUGCAGCCUGUCACUAAGGAAGGGGCUCACUCUAUCACUGGGGAAUACGGUUGCCAUGUGACAGCUAGGAACAGCAACUCUCAGUACAUAGAUAGGAAAAUACUCAUACAAUAUAAUGAUCACUUCUGUCCAUCUCCGUCUCCCGUCUCUAAUGGAGACAUCAUACUGUCUGGAAAUACUCCAAGUUCAUGCUACACAGCAAAGUGUCAUCAUGGCUAUCGUCUCAUUGGUAAUCGGUACAGAACAUGUCAGUUGAAUGGAGAGUGGUCUAUGCCGACUGGUUUCCCACCUCAGUGUGUCCCCGUGUGAUAAGAACUUUACAACUAUUGAUGAUUAAAAUAGUAAUAAUAAUUUUGUAACAUACAUGUACUACACAUUAAAAGAUUAUUGAUAAUAAUAAUAAUUGUUGGUUAUUAUUGUUGGUUAUUAUUGUUGGUUAUUAUUGUUGGUUAUUAUUGUUGGUUAUUAUGUCGUUAUUAUCAUUUUAAA